UUUGGGUCCUGAAUUCCAAAACAAUUAAAAUGGCGGCGACCGUAAGAUGGAGUCUCUUGAAAUUAUUACGGUCACGGUGUCCAGUCACUGAGAAAAAUAGAAACCUCUCCGUCUGUGCUGCCCAUCACUUUGGGAAACAACAGCCUCUUCCAAGGUUUCCAGGUAGAGCGACACAUUUUGCAAUACGAUGCCUGUCUAUUCAAACACAAGACACACCGAACCCCAGAAGCCUGAAAUUCAUCCCUGGCAAGCCUGUGUUGGGAACGGGGACCUUAGACUUCCCCACCUCUAGUUCAGCAGAAUGCUCCUCUUUAGCAAGUAAUCUCUUUGAAGUUGAAGGAGUGAAGAGUGUCUUCUUUGGGCCAGAUUUUAUUACAGUGACAAAGAUGGAUGAUGAUGUUGAGUGGACCGAUGUCAAACGACAUGCUAUAGAAAUCAUCACAAAGUUUUUUGAGAGUGGAGAACCCAUCACAACUGGAGCUGCACAGUCUACCUCAGACAACAGCCAUUCUGAGGAGGAUGAUGAAAUUGUUUCCAUGAUUAAGGAGCUCCUGGAUACCAGGAUCAGGCCCACGCUCCAGGAGGACGGAGGUGAUGUCGUCUUCAAAGGGUUCGAGGAUGGCACGGUGAAGCUCAAGCUGGUCGGCUCCUGCACUGGCUGCCCCAGUUCCACCGUCACCCUGAAAAAUGGCAUCCAGAACAUGCUGCAGUUCUACAUACCUGAGGUGGAUGAGGUGGAACAGGUCGAGGAUGAACUGGAUGAGAUCACGGCAAAGGUAUUCUCAGAAGUGGAACGCAAGCUGCAGGACUCUUAGUCUAACGUUGCCACAUAAUAGUUUGGCAGACUACCUAUAGAUCAACCCUGGCCAUCGGCGUACUUCAGGUUUCUGUGCUGCACUCUUCAACUCUAGGCCAAUAUUAUCAAUAGGUAACAUUUUUAGCUUUGCACUUUCCAAUGAUGUAUUUAUUAUUUUGUUUUCAGUGUUCUAUUUUCGAGCCUGUGUAAUGAACCUGAUAGUACAUUACAAAUGGUGUUUGCAAAAUGAGAUGUUAGAUAUCCUUGUUCUCCUUGGAAAGUUGCAACUCUGAAGAUGGUUGUGACAUUUGUUGCAUAUUGCAAGUGACAUUUUGGAUUGGAGCGGUUGUAUUCUGUUGUGUCCAAAAUGGAAUCUACAGUAACAUUGUAUCCAAAAGACCAAUUUUAUAGAAUAUGUGUGGGAAAAAAACGGGAAGUGGAACGGAAAUGAGUUCCAGAAUGAGCUUUCCUUUCCUGAAGGCGACACAUCUGUGAUGUGGGUGGACAGACAUUCUAGUCAAAAUUACGUACACGGCUGUUCAGACUUGAGCUUACAUAAAUUACAAUGUCAAAUGCACACAAGUUAGUAGCCAAUGAAAUGUUAAACUCGUGCACCAAAUCCAUAAUGAUCAAUGUGUAAGGAAACAUUGUUACUUUUGCAUAUUUAUUGUAACAUUCUGCUUCAAAACCCAUACUGUACUUGCUGCCUGUACUGUAAGACUAAAUAAAUGCUCUUGUUCUGCUGUA